AUGGCUCGUGCAUUCGACAUGGAUUGGUUAGUGCGAUUGUUUCAUGGUGGCAAAGUACAAGGAAAUGGGGAGUUCGAAAGCAUGCAUGAACAUGUUGAGUUCUUUAGUGGACCUCCUACCUUUGAUGCUUUGGUCGUAGAGAACCUUACCCAAAAUGAAGAGUUGCUGGCGGUUGUUGUUAGAGAAGUUGAUAGGUCAUGUCAGCUUGGUGCCUUGAAUGAUGAUUUCGAUGAAGAAACGUUUGAUGAGGAUGAUGGCAACAGAGAUGGAACACAUGAUAUGGAUGACAUAUCCCAAGGAUCGGAGGAUGACGAAGUUGAUGUUGCCUCCGCAGAUGAAGAUAACUUUACUUUGGGGCCAAGGUACUUUGGAUGA